GGAGAUACACCUUGAAAUAGUCUAGUGUAUAACAUAUUCAUACCAGAGUUAGGUCAAGCAUUUGUGUCGUAAGCUAUAUCUUAUAACCAGAACAUAUUAAUUAGAAAACGGAUACUCAGUUUUGUCGGCUUCCAUCUAUUUUCUACAGGGUUAUUUUCCGACAGUUGAAUGGAACGCUGAAAGAUUUUGAUAGAACAUCGGGGGACUAGCAAAAGGUUAAGUUAGAUACUUUUGUGCCGUGAUCACGUAUAGGAAACGUACGGAAUUCAGAAACUAUUUGGUAACGCCCAUCCUAUUGUUUCCAUAUAGUUUUCGAUUUGUUGUUCUAUUUAUUUAACAAUUGGGAACCCCAUAAUUGAAAAGUAUAUGUAUACUACAUUCCCCAUUCAUUUACAUAUAUACACACAGCAUUGGUAAUGGACCAGGCGAUUGCCGGCCUUUCAGCUGGCAUUUGUUCAACGUUGGUUAUGCACCCGCUAGACUUGGUGAAGGUUCAAAUGCAAGCUUCGUCAAAUCCAAAGGGUAUAUCUUUACUUCAUGUUUUACGGGACAACUUAAAAUAUACGGGUUCAAUACGGUCUUUAUAUCAUGGACUAGGUGUUAACACACUUGGCUCGGCUAUUAGUUGGGGUACAUAUUUUUACGUGUACGGCUUUACAAAAAGCCUUUUCAUGGGUGUCCCAUCUUCAGAGCCCAUUCCAAUCACGGCUAUACAAACGUUAGCAAGUUCAGCAUUAGCGGGAUGUAUCGUGGCUGCGCUUACAAAUCCAAUGUGGGUAGUUAAGUCGCGAAUAUUAUCAAGGACUGCGGACCACAGCAAUCCUUUUUAUGUUCUCUAUCAGCUUUUGAGAAAAGAGGGGGUAAGAGGAUGUUAUGCUGGUUUUACACCCUCUCUUUUAGGUGUCUCGCAAGGUGCCUUGCAAUUUAUGGCCUAUGAAAAACUUAAAAUUUGGCAUAAGGGUCAACCAUCGAAUUUAGAUUAUUUAUUUAUGUCCGCUGCAUCCAAGGUAUUCGCUGCUAUAAACAUGUAUCCAUUGCUUGUUGUUCGUACUCGUUUACAGGUGUUUCGUCCGGGACUAUCAACUCUUGAUAUGUUUAAAGCUAUAUGGAAAGCAGAAGGUCUUUUAGCUUUUUAUAAGGGAUUUCAACCUCAUUUAUUGAGGGUAAUCCCGCAAACUUGUAUUACAUUCUUAGUGUACGAGCAGGUAGGUCUACAUUUCAAAUCCCGCGCAUCUCAAUGAGUCAAAACCCUUAUUAUCUGUAUAUACAAUUUUGUUCCUGAUUUUGGAUGAAAAAAAAACCUCCUUUUUUCUCAGAAAUAUAUAAUUUCGAUCAUGUGUUGUCUCUUAUAAUUCAUUAAAAUAUCUAUUCCUACUUAGUUUGCAUAACAAAGUUUUCGAUGCAUUUCUUUUGUGCAAUGGUUAGUCGCUGUAGAAUAUCCUUUGUUUUUUCUUGCUCUUUUGAAAAGAUGCUAAGUAACAAAUUUCCGAUUUUUGUUUGGGCAUCUGGAUUCUCAACCAAAACUCCAAAAUGUCCGACUAUAGGGAGAGCAAGAUUAAGAUACGCAAAUUCUGUUUGUCAGCAAUCUAAGCAUAAAAACAUUAAACAACAUACUUUUCGUCUCAUCGAUGUAUUGAUGCAUACUCAAUAAAGCAGGUAUGAAGCUUUCAAGAUACCCGUCGCUUUGAGCUAUCUCGCCUUUUUGAAGCAUCGCAACAGAUUCGAAAAUUAUUUUACGACACAAUGCGUUCAUCUUUUCGUGUUUACUAUUCGCUAAUAAUAAAGACGAAAUGCAUUUUGCAGCUGUUCGGAACUCCUGCGAAAAGUUAGUAAUAAAUCCUAAUUAAAUGAACACGUACCUCUGAUGAUUUCAAAAGACCAAAAAGAGUUGUUAUAAAGUUUUGGAUUAUAAGCUGCUCACCAUCUAAAAGAGGAGCUGCUAUUGUGAGGACAAGAACCAUACUUAGUAGUAUGAUUUCUUUUUUGUCUUUACUUUGCGCUUGACUAAAUAUAAUUAGAAAGUGUCACCAUGUUAUACGUACUCUUUGUUUUCAAGCAUGGAAUAGAGAUGCUCAAAUAAAGUAUAACAUAAUGUUGAACAUAUAGAAUUAUCCUGCGUAACCAUUGUACUCAAUAAUUUUCGAAGAACGGCUAAAAGUUCAUGUUUUGAAUAUUUAAGGAGAGAAGGAUCAUCAAGAAUUACUACUUAUUAUUAGCUUCAAAUAGUAAACCGCGUUUUUUUAGAAAAAAAAAAGAAAAAU